CGGUGCUGUGCCAUGCCCCUGCAUUUACAGUAACUUAGUGGUUGAUCUGGCUACAACAGCAUCCUGUACAGCAACAACCUGAAUCGCUACGCCUCUCCUACGGCGACGCUCCAAAUAGUCAGGCUGCUUGCUAGCGACUGACCUCUGCUGCCACUUUCAGAAUUCCCCGGGCAUUGUGCAUGCGGUUCAGCUCCAGCAAUGUCUGCCCGAAUCUCCAACGACCACUUCGACGACGAUCAUGCAGUGCUCGACGACGACUUCCUCAACGAUGAAGUCGAACCAGACGAGCCAACAACGUCCGACCGGGCUCCAUUGACAGGCAACAUCCAAUCUUCCUCGUCAAGCGCGCCUUUGAACCAGAACUAUUUGACAUCACGCAUACCGGGCGAGGACAGACGCGCCCCGCAAAACACUAUCGAUGAGAGCGUAUGGGAGACCGUCUCCCGAGACCUGUUCGCGGUAUGGGAGAAAAUGAAACAAGUACUCUGGCCCAAAUAUUUACUUGGGGGUAUGCUCCAAAGAGAAGGCGGCGGUAUGGGCGACGUUGAGAGUCAAGGCUUUGGAAGAGAUCUGCGUGGCCUGAUAGGGAGAUGGCCCGAUGCAGAAGGUAUCUUGCAAGGAGGAUUGAGCGAAGGGCUGCGAGACUGGGACCUGUGGGGUCCGCUAAUAUUCUGCCUGCUUCUGAGUCUGUUCCUGUCUAUGCGCGCCAGCAAGGCACAGACCGACUUGGUCUUCUCUGGCGUCUUCUCACUCAUCUGGAUCGGUGAGGCUGUGGUCACACUUCAGAUCAAACUCCUCGGUGGAAACAUUUCGUUCAUGCAAUCCGUCUCCAUCAUCGGCUAUACGCUGUUUCCUCUGACCAUUGCUGCACUCCUCAGCGCCCUCGGCCUACCCAUGAUCGCUCGGAUCCCGGUCUACAUUGUCCUUGUGGCUUGGUCAUUGGCAGCAGGGGUCAGCAUUCUCGGUGGCUCGGGCGUGGUCAAAAACCGGGUGGUGCUUAGUGUGUAUCCUUUGUUUGUCUUCUAUGUUGGCCUCGGCUGCCUGUGUUUUAUCAGUUAGGGUUUUUGGACAUGGCUAUGCAGAAUAUGCUGCCCCGUCAUAUAUCUUGGGCGGAUUACAGUAUGAGUAUAGACACAGGGUGUAAUGGAUACAAAAGUAAUCACUUCUCUCUA